AUGGCUGUGCAGGGGACCAGCCUGCUAGAGAACCCAGUUCAGGUGGUUCUGUACCUUAGAGAACUGACCACUAUUGUUCAGAACCAGCAGAGCCUCAUCCAAACACAACGCCUGCGCAUUGACGAACUGGACCGACGCGUGGAUGAGCUGCUUGGGGAGAACAGGAAUCUGCGUGAAGCAAGAGGUGUACAACCUCCCCAUCACCACCCAGACCACAACCUGAGCCUUCAUUGUCAUCAUCCUCAGCAUCAACAUCCGUACCCACAAGACACCGGUUCUCUGCCCGCCCAGCCCAUGCCUGAGGUUCCUCCUGCUGAGCCAGAAAAGUCCUCUCCUCAACCCGCCAAUCCGGAGGACAUGCAGCUGGUACCGGCCCAUCCCCAGCCACAGUCACUGAGCCCUCUGCAAGGCAAGGCCAUCCCGGGCGAGGGGGAGGACAGCAGCCACACACUGGUUCCCCUGGUUCCCAUAGCUCCCCUCACUCCUACCACUUUCUGUCGCUCGCUGGCUCUCGCCAGGCAAUCAGAGAGUCAGACAAUACUACAUCAGUUCUGUUGUCCUGCUCCAGAGGCUCCAGAGGCUGCUCUCACUGGCUCCUCCAGUGAUGGGCAGCUGCUGGGUCUGGAGGGCGGGACUUCCUCCAGCAGACAGGAAGGAGAGGGGUCAGUAGGUGUGGCUCGUAGAGAAGGACCCAGCGACUAUGAACUUGCCCUGGAGAACAAGACCAAACAGAUAGAGGAGUUGGAGCUGAGGUACGGUGGUCACCUGGUGUCGCGGCGCGCUGCGUGUCGUAUUCAGACAGCGUUCCGUCAGUACCAGCUCAGUAAAAACUUCCAGAAGAUCCGGAACUCUUUGUCAGAGAGCAAGUUGCCACGCCGCAUUUCCCUGCGCCGGCCCAACCCCAGCUGGGGCCAGAACCCCACCCAGCGACACAGCUUCCUGUUAGAGAGCGGGGGCCCACCAUUGCGCCCCAAAACACCCCCACCACCCCCCUCACGCUCCACCUCCCUGCCCCCCUCAGCCUCCCCUGCCACGGGCCCUGGCCCCUCGCUCACACAGCUGGAGGACUGCUUCUCAGAGCAGGUGCGCUCGCUGGCCCAUUCGAUAGACGAGGCCCUGCGUGGGUGGAGCCUGUCGGAGGGGGUUGAGGGAGGGACAGGGGGGCUGCUGAUGGACCCCGAGGCGUUUCGGGCGGCUGGUCAGAGUGCCUGUAUGCCUCGCAGCGCCAGCUCCCUGCUCAUGGCCUUCAGAGAUGUCACCGUUCACAUCGACACCAACAACUACACUGUCUCCACGACUACCACCUCCACUACCACCACUACCCACGGCAACACAGGGGCAGGGGGGGGAGGAAGCAGGCAAGCCUCAAUGGACGGGGGAGGGGGAGGGGGAGAGGGGGGUGGAGGGGUAGGGAGACAAACAACAACCUCCCAGCUGGGGGAUGAGAAAGAGUUCCCUGCCCCCCCUCCCAGUGAGGAAUUGUUGAAGGGAGGAGGGUCGAGGAUGGAGUCAACUGUGACAGGGCAGGGGAGAGAGUUGGGGGGGCAGAGUGGCUCAGAGAUACUCAGUUCCACCUCUACCUCCACCUCGGCCCAGUCUAACCAGUAUACCACUCAGGACCCCACCACUGAGGCCCUCCAAGCCCUGGUCCUCUCUCUGCCCAGAGACCGAUGCCAGGACCCAGCUUCCUGCCGAUCCCCCACACUCUCCACUGACACACACCGCAAACGACUCUACCGCAUCGGACUCAACCUCUUCAACGUGAACCCAGAGAGAGGCAUCCACUUCCUGAUCACGCGUGGUUUCGUCCCAGACACGCCCAUGGGCGUGGCCCACUUCCUGUUACAGAGGAAGGGCCUAAGCCGGCAGAUGAUUGGAGAGUUCCUGGGGAACAGCAAGCUGCUCUUCAACAGAGACGUCUUGGACUGUGUGGUCGAUGAGAUGGACUUCUCUGGGAUGGAGCUGGACGAGGCUCUGAGGAAGUUCCAGGCUCACAUCAGAGUCCAGGGAGAGGCCCAGAAGGUGGAGAGACUCAUUGAAGCUUUCAGUCAGAGGUAUUGUAUGUGUAAUCCUGAGGUGGUGCAGCAGUUUCAUAACCCAGACACCAUCUUCAUCCUGGCCUUUGCUGUGGUCCUCCUCAACACUGACAUGUACUCCCCUAACAUCAAACCUCAACGCAAGAUGGGCCUCGACGAUUUCAUACGCAACCUACGAGGAGUGGACGAUGGAGCAGACAUCCCCAGGGAGAUGGUGACAGGGAUCUAUGAGAGGACCCAGCAGAGAGAGCUACGCUCCAACGAAGACCACGUCACCUACGUCAGCCGUGUGGAGCAGUCCAUACUGGGCAUGAAGACGAUUCUGUCUGUGCCCCACCGUAGGCUGGUGUGCUGCUGUCGUCUGUUUGAGGUGGCAGACUUCAACAAACCCCUGAAACAGAAACUGGCCAACACCCAGAGAGAGGUGUUCCUGUUCAACGACCUCAUACUUAUCCUGAAGCUGUGUCCCAAGAAGAAGACUUCUGCCUCCUACACCUUCUGUAAAGCCAUGGGUCUACUGGGCAUGCAAUUCCACCUCUUCAGUAACGAAUACUAUGCUCAUGGCAUCACCAUGUUGAGUCCGUUCUCAUCAGAGAAGAAGCAGAUGGUGAGUUUCUGCUCCCCCAGUGGAGAGGAGCUCAGGAAGUUCACAGAGGAGCUACGAGAGUCCAUCACUGAGGUCAACGAGAUGGAGCAGAUACACAUUCAAUGGGAGCUGAAGAGAGAACAAGGGGUGCAGACUCACACCCCCCACACCAACGGAGGACAGAUGGGCACACUCAGUCGACACACAGGAUCCCCCACAGCCCAGAAAGAUCUGUAUGACAAGACUAGCAACAACACUGUGGAGGUGUCAAUUCACAAUAGGCUGCUGCAGACCUACCACAUGACCCAGGCCAGCCCUGAUAGGCUGCUUCAGACCUACCAUGUGACCAGUCCUGACUCCACCCAACUGGCUCUGGCAGCACCCCUGGCAAUGCUUAGCCCCACCCACCCUGGAGAACUCCGCCCAGACACCCUCAUUCAAUGCCAGCAGAUCGUCAAGGUGAUUGUUGUGGACCAGAGCGGCCAGGGGCGAAUGGAAGCCUUCCUCAGCCAAGGAAGCCCCGCCUCCCACCACCGCCUCAUCCAAUCAGCGAUGUCCACACCAGUACGGAUCAGAGAGGGAUCUGAGCCCCCUCUGCCUCCCCCUCCUCCCCCCUACAACCACCCCCACCAGUACUGUCCCCCCGACUCCCCCUACCCCCUUCCACACACCCUUCCUCACCCCCUGCGCAGACGCAACUCGAGUGGUUCCCGCAGCCUCGUCUGA